AUGGAGAAGGAAUUGAUCCGACUGUACGAAGCGGUGAAGAAAGCGGCGGACGUGGCUGCGGCGGCGACUUCAACCAAUAAUAGCGAAGUUGAAGAAAAUCGAUGCCUUGAUGCUCUGAAGCAGCUCAAGAAAUUUCCUGUCGAUUAUCAAACUCUUGUAUCCACCCAGGUGGGUAAACAUGUCAGAGCUCUAACGAAGCAUCCAAGAAAAAAUAUCCGAACUUUCGCUAUGGGCGUGGUCGAGAUUUGGAAAGCCAUAGUCAUCAAGGAAAUAAACAAAAACAAGAAAGAAAAAGUUGAAGACGAGGUUCAGAAUCGGACUGAUCAUUCGCUGCUAAAGAUUAAGGUACAAGAUUCACGUGUCAGAGCUGAGAAAACUGUUUCUGCAUCAACUGUUAAGCAAGAUCCUGAAGCAGCAAAGAAGAAAACUACGAUUAAAUCUAACGAUGCAACACGGGACAGACUGAGGGAAAUCCUGCAGGAGGCGUUCUCUAGGGUUUCUGGGGAGGUUGAUGAUGAAGAUGAUGAAGCAACCGUGGAUCGAGUUAAAGAAUGUGACCCGAUUAGGGUCUCUGCAGAAGUGGAAUCUGCACUAUUUCAGAAUUGGGGUUGUUUUAAGGGGCCUCAAAAGAUCAGGUAUAGGUCGUUGAUGUUCAACCUCAAGGAUCCGAAAAAUCCAGAUUUUCGAAGAAGGGUUCUGCUCGGAGAAAUCGAGCCAGAGAGGCUCGUCUACAUGAGAACAGAAGACAUGGCUAGUGAUGAAAGGAAGAAGGAGAUCGAGAAGAUCAAAAGGAAAGCCUUGUUUGAGUGUGAGAGAGGACAGAAACUAAAAGCCACAACUGAUCAAUUCUUCUGCAAGAAAUGUGGGAAAAGAGAGUGCACGUAUUACCAGAUGCAGACUCGCAGUGCUGAUGAACCUAUGACGGCCUAUGUUACUUGUGUCGCAUGCAAUAACCGUUGGAAGUUCUGCUAGCAAAGUUAGCAUAUAUAGUAUCUCGCAUUGGAGAACUAUCAUUAUUAUUUGAUACAAAUUGACAUCGAUAUGUAUCGGUGCGUU